AUGUCCCUAACAUGGCCGCCCCCAAACAGCCAGAAACCACCGGACGAUGAACCUUUGCUGCAUUCCCUCCACAGAGAUACCCUGAAUGGACUCCUUCGAGCGCCUUCUCGACCGCAUACCCCCAAUGCCUUCAAACUGCGCAGUCUCGGUGGUGGCUCCCUAUCCGGCCAAGCUGCAGAACCCGAACCCAAUGUUGAGGAGGACCCGCAGGUGGUUCGCUUCCGCGCUUUAUUCCAAGAGACGGAAAGCAGACUCGCCAACCUCUUCAACGAUGUUGGCGAGGUCAUAGUGCCGGAGAGGCGCACAAUUCCCGAUGCGCCUGCGUUAGGAUCCGCACCAGACAUUGUCGAGCCGCAUACGGACCCUGCUCCUAUAUCCAAGAAGCGCAAGUUGGACGAUGAUGACUACGAUGACUACGACGACGAUGAGGAGGAUGAAGAACAAGAGAAUGAUGCUGUACGGGCAUCUCCUCUCAAGGAUAAGCCCAAUAAAGUCCACAUCGUCGCCGAUAGCACAUCGUCGCCGGUCCCCAGGCCUGCAACCCCAUCGAGGGGUCCCUCCGAUUCUACAAAGGCUUUGUCCAAGGCUGGAGUUUCCAAACAGAGUGGCGAUGCCGAAGAUGCUCGCAAGAAGCUGGAAGAGACCAAGCGGAAGGAGAUCGAGACAGUAAAGACCUUGUCUCGAACAAUGUUCUUUACGCUGGAGAAUGACCGGGAUGCCAUGUUGGACCAACAACGUCUUGAGGAGGCCGAACGCCGCGCCGAGGCUGAAGCAGAGGGCCACGCCAGUCGCCAGAAUGCUUCCAACCAGCAGGGCAGUUUGAGCAAAGCCAAUCUCGGGGCAUCUAGUCUGACGUUGAAGAACCUGAUCGCGCUUCUAGACGAACAUCGGUCGAUGGUACACGCGACCGAGUCGGAGUUGCGUGCGCUGAUGAGUGAAGUGCGCAAGAACCGGAGCAAAUGGGCGAGUGAGGACAAGAUUGGGCAAGAAGAACUCUACGAGUCGGCGGAGAAAGUCUUGACCGAGUUGAAGGCUCACACCGAGCACUCUUUUCCUUUCCUCAAUCCUGUCAAGAAGAAGGACGCCCCGGACUAUUAUCUCAUUAUCAAGCACCCGAUGGACCUGGGGACGAUGACCAAGAAACUUAAGCAGUUGGCAUACAAAUCGAAGAAAGAAUUCGUCGAUGAUCUGAAUCAGAUCUGGAAGAACUGUUUGAAGUUCAACAGCAACCCUGACCAUAUCUUCCGAAAGCAUGCUCUUUUCAUGCAAAAGGAGACCGACAAGCUUGUCCCUUUGAUCCCAGACAUCGUGAUCCGGGACCGGGCAGAGGUGGAGGCCGAAGAGAGAAGACAACAGAUUGCCAACGGGGAACUCGACGACGGUGCUGAGGAGAGUGACGAUGAGCCGAUCAUGUCAUCCCGUGGCCGCAAAGCACCUAAGAAAAGUGCGAAGAAGGGCGGCGGUUCGACGUCACGGAAAGCGCCACCCCAGGCCACGCCUAUACCCGAAACCAAGCCGGUGUUGCAAUCGCUCAGCUCUGUUCAGAACGGCCUUCGAGCGGAAUCCGAGGCUGAAGGAAGUCAAGGUCAGUCGACUCCGCCGCCGGGAAUAUUGACGCCACUUGGAGCCCCCGGUCCAGGAAGUGUGGCUGGAACGGGCAGUGAGGCCAUGGACAUGGACGUGCCUGGGCUGCCAUCGCAGACACCGAUACCCGAGUACGAGGAUGAAGAAUACAAGCUUUGGAAACAGAAGACCAAGAAGGAUCGAGCCAUGAUCGCCGCCGCCCGACACAAGCUUUUUCGUGGAGAUAAAUUGAAUGCUGAAGAGACUGCCUUGCUGCGGAGUAAGGCGGGGAUGCGUCGUUGGCAGCGCCUCCAGCAGGAGGCUGCCGGUAAGGAUGUGUUUGAGUUUCAUGGGGACGGUCCCGAGCGUGAGCAAGCCGGGCAGACAUUGGCUGAGGGUAUGGAGGCGGAAGAAGAGAGCCUGCUUCCUGAUUACUACGACCCGCUCUCGGCCAUCCCGGAUUUGGAGCCGCGACUGAGAUGGGAGCAGGAUAGUGAAGGGCAAGUCAUCGAACAUUUUGAGGAAUUUCUACGAUUGUACCCACCGAAACAAUUCACAGCCCCCGAGAGCAAGCUCAGCAAGAAGAUCGAUUCCAACAUUAAACAGAUGCAAGAAACACGGAAGGUGGUGUCCAAAAUCGGCGUGGUCAAACAGAUGCAACUACAGUCUCAGACUUAUCAGAACCAGUUUCAGAAGUAUCAGCCGGAGCCGUUUGUCGAAGCGGACAUAGAAAACCACGUCAUGUCGGAUAACGGCCCCUUGAUGGCACCAUGGGUAUGUAGGGCCGCGUUUCAGCGGGCCAUUGGCAAGAUCUUCUUCCACGCGGGAUUCGAAGAGUUUCAACCUUCGGCGCUGGACACCAUGACCGAUUUGGCGGCCGACUUCUUCCAGCGGCUUUGCACCACUCUGGUGAACUACAAGGAGGACUACAAGAUUCCGGUGACGGCACCUGUCUCCGUCGUCCAAGGAAUCAAAUCUGAGACGAGCACGGUCUACAAGACUCCCAACACCAACGAAGAAGCCAUUCUGCACACCCUCCAUUCCAGCGGAAUGUCACUCAACGAUCUGGACAUAUAUGCCCGUGAAGAUGUCGAUCGCCUGGGCGCUCGUCUCGUCAUCAUGCAUGAGCGCAUGAAGGGUCAUCUCGCGGACCUCCUCCGGCCUGCUCUGACGGAAGAUACCGCCCACGGUCAAGGGUCGUUUGUCGAUGGAGGCGAGCAAUACGUGGGAGGUGAUUUCGCCGAAGACCUGGACGAAGACUUCUUCGGGUUCCGCGAAUUGGGUCUCGACAAGGAAUUCGGAAUGGCGAGUCUGACGGUGCCGUUCCACAUCCUCCAGAACCGUCUGGGUAUGGUCAAUCCACAAAUCAGUCCGGAAGAUGCGGCGGAGAAGAUGUUCAAAGAACCGCCUCGCUGGCCUCGGAUCACUGCCGAAAACGUCGACGACCAGAUUGGAUUGGUCAGGGAAUUCUUCAAGAAACGUCUGCGCGAGAACAAUGAUCGGCCAUUGACUGAAGACUUGGACCUCCCGCCCAAACAACGACCUGGUCAUGGCAGAGCGAGAGUCCCGGCAAGUGGGAAGAUCGGAGAUGGGACACUGAAGAGCAACGCCAGUCCUCAGAAAAAGGCCCCAGCCAAGAUUCCUCCUGCUGCUGCCAAACCCACCACAACCACUCCAGCAGACAAAGGGAAGAAGAAGUCGGUCGUGAUCAACGGUAUCGGUGGUGGUGCGGCGGGUGAAGACACGUCGAUGGUCAACGGCAUCAACCCGACUAGUCCCGGCCCAGGAGGCGACGGCAGUCCCGGAAAGAAACAAGCUGCCAACGGCCUCAAAGCGAAAGCGACAGUGACGGCUUCAACGUCCGAUCACAAGGGUUCCAGCAAUCCGGCCGCAGGACCGCCGCCGAGAGAGAAUGGUUCAGGUGAUGUCAACUUGGAUGGGAACAUGGAUGGCAACGGCACUCCCAAAGCGAAUGCGAAUGUCAAUGCGAAUGUGAACGGCGUGGCCAAAGUCAGCGACAAUGGCGCCUUGGACGGUGAGACCAGCAUGAUGAGUCCUGAAAGUCUGUAA